AAGCAGAGCAGCAGCAGCCAUCCCCCUAAAAGAAGGCCCUGAGGACUGCCAUUGCCUACCCAAAUAAGCUGUCUUUCCUGCUGAGACCUGCUCAGAGCCUUUGCUUCUGUAUGCUAUAAAUCUAGUAAAAAAAAAAGCAGCUUUGAGAUCAUCUCUCUCUCUCUCUCUCUCUCUCUCUCUCUUUAGCACUGACCAUAAUUUAUAUCCUCUGACUUUUCCUUAGGAUUCUCCAUAGCUUCUUUCACCUUUUUGCUCCCCCCCCACCCCCUCCUUUUAACUCCUAGGUUCUUCACACCCAAUCUCCACACCUCUUUAAAUUUGCUACCUUGCUUUCACCUUUGCAUUCAAAAUCCAAUCUUUCAAUUGGGUUCUUGUUCUUUCAAAUCAAAAUCCGAUCUUUUCUAUUGGGUUUCGGCAACUAACCCACAAACACAAUGGAUGACUAUUACAAGAGGAGUGGGCAGAUUCCGGCGUUUGGAGACUGGGAUUAUGCAAACGAUCUACCAAUCACUCAGUAUUUCGAGUGUGCGAGACAAGUCGGUUUGAUCAGAUUCAGCUCUUCUUCUGGUGAAAGUGCUGAUCAUCCCUACAAUAUGCGUCCUGACUUGUAUGCUGUUCCUGUCGAUCACUUCAAGAAGCCUUCUCGCAAUGUUGCUCCUUCUCGAAAGGCAACAAGAGGAGUUGGUGGGGGAGGAGGAGGUGGAGGAGGGAGGGAAAAGCGAGGGCAGCGUGCGCAUGUUAUGGAGCAAAAGAGGCAGCAAUCGAAGGUGGCAAAAGUCUGUGACGUGACCGAACCGCCAACUAAACCCUAUCACUAUCAACUCCAUGUCCAACAACCCAAUCGCACUCACCACCACCACCACCACCACCACCGCGACACCGUUCCAAGAAGACCUCCCAAGCCUGUCGACGAAGAUCUCUACAAAAUACCCCCUGAGCUCCUCCACACUACCAAGCGGAAGAAAAUGCUGAGAAUGUUUGCUUGCUUGGUGCCUGCUUGUGCUUCGUGAAGCAAAAGGGGUCUCAAAACUCAUAGGAAUUAGAAUGCCUAGUAGACAAGAAAAACUCGGUGCCUUAGUUAUUUUUAUGUGUUGUUUUCUUCAACGUGUGUUAGUUGUUGUACUUGUAUCUAACUAAGAUGGAACCAAGUUUAUGAUUGAGAUGAAGAUUAGAUGUUAGUGCCACAUUUGUGACUUUCUUAUUUAAUCUUCCUCUCAUUUGUAACUUUGUUAUCUAUAUGUUUUGUAGUUAAGAAAUGAAAAGUUGCAAAAUAUCCGAGUUUAUAAACCAACUA